AUGGAGAUCGAAUCAGUGAGGUGCGAGUGUUGUGGGUUGGAAGAAGACUGCACGCAAGACUACAUCUCUCAAGUCAGGGACACAUUCGACGGUAAAUGGCUAUGCGGGCUGUGCUCAGAGGCCGUUAGAGACGAAGCCAUAAGAGGGAACAGUAACAAUAAAACCAAGAAGUCUGCCGUUGCUUCUUCUGGGAUGAUGGAAGAAGCCGUCAGAGCUCACAUGUCCUUCUGCGGCAAGUUCAAUUCCAAUCCGGCGGUUCGAGUCGCCGACGGUAUGAGGCAGAUGCUCCGGAGGCGCUCUGGGGAGCUUUCUUCUUCUCCCUCUUCCUCUAAGAAGUACUCCAGAUCCGCCAGCACCAAACUUUACUAA